AUGUCAGACAGAAGAUCAGAGACGUCAACUCUAUCCACAAAGGAGUCCUGCAAACAAAAUGACACAGGGAAAGAGGUGCAAGAUGAUAAUAUUUGCCUGGCAAAAAAAGCUCUACCAGCCAGCAGCAUGAGGACUUCCAUGGAUGGCUCUGCAGGGGAUGCCCCUGAGCAGAACUCCAAAAAGAACAAUGGACAAAGAAAAAGAAAACUGGAGAAUGUCAUGACCAAUCCAGAAGACAACAUCAUCAUUAUCUCCAGCGAUGACUCUCCAGGGGAUGUCCCUGAGCAGCAGGCCAAGAGCAAGAGAGUCCAGAAGACAAAAUCACAGGCGGAUGUCAAAGCAGCUACCCAGGAAAGCAGAUUGCAGGCCUCAGGCAUAUCCACCUCUGAGGCCACCCCCAGAGCUGCCUCAGAGCUGAAGUUCCCCAGGAGGAAGAAGAGGAGGAGCAUAUGGACUGUGAACCAUUUCGAGGGAACAAAACUCACAGUAAAGAAGAAGAGAAGACCCAGCUACCGGCCUGAGGAUCUUGAAGCCUUCUACCGAAUUCUGGAGGAUCCUGUGGUCCAGAACUUCUUGGCAGCUGACAUUUUCUUCAGGGUGACUGACAAGUACCUGCUGUCCAUGGUGGUGGAGUACUUUGGCCGACUCGGGCUUCCUGGACAUCUCUACAACAGGAUCCACUUCUUUCUGGCCCUCUACAUUGCUUGUGACAUGGAAGAGGAUGACCCCAUAUCCAAGAGGAGCAUCUUUCAAUUCCUGCUGGGCACAGACACAUGGCAGGACUUAUACAAGGACUUCCAAAGGCUGCAGGGGGAGUUCCUCCGAGUCAUAGAUUACCGAGCCUGGGUCACACGGCAGGAGUGUGAAGAGAUCCAGAACCAGAACCCACACCACUGGGUCUGGAGCCAAGUGCGACAGAGCACCCCUUAG